AUGCCCUCUCUCCCACACCGAUAUGGUCGCUGGGUUCUCAUUCUAGGCCCAGUGAUCCUAAUCCUCUUGAUCCUCCAAUUCAUACACGCCGAUUUCGGCUCAAAGAUCACGCAGGACGUGAUCGAACCCUCCACCGGGCUGACGAUUGAUACACACAACGAGACCGACCCAAUAACCAAAACCAACCAUGCCCCCUCAUCCUGUCCAACCGACACAGGAAUGGAUUCUGUGUUGAUAGUAGUCAAAACCGGCAUCACCGAAGCCCAAGACAAAGUCCCGGUCCAUCUAAGAACAACCCUCCGCUGCGUCCCGCACAAAAUAAUCGUCUCCGACUUCGAAGAAGACAUAGGCGGAAUACGCACCCAAGACGUCUUCCUCAAUGUCUCCGACACUCUUAAACAAAACAACCAAGACUUCGCUUUAUAUAACCGCGCCCGAGCAGGCGGCCACACAGCUCUAACCUCGCAAGACCACACGAAAGUCGCCAAUGGCCCGUCAGGUAUGAGUGACAACCCAGGCUGGAAACUAGACAAGUGGAAAUUCCUCCCUAUGAUUCAUUCCGCGCGACGCGCGAAGCCAGACGCAAAGUGGUUCGUGUUCCUGGAAGCAGACACAUAUCCGAUCUGGCCGAAUCUGCUCUUGUGGCUGGCGCAUUUCAAUCACGAGGAGAGACUGUAUCUGGGAAAUCAGAUGCAGAUUGGGUCUACAUUGUUUGCGCAUGGUGGGUCGGGAUUUGUACUCUCUCAUGCGGCUGUUCAUGCCGUAGCGGAUUUUCAUAAAUCGCAUAUUGAUGAGUGGGAUGAUAUCACUGAUCAGGAAUGGGCGGGGGAUUGUGUGCUUGGGAGGGCGCUUUCUGCGACUGGGAUUGGACUUACUUGGUCUUGGCCGCAUGUUACUACGCAGUCGGUUUGGGAGCAGGAUAUGUUUCAUGAGGCGUUCGCCAAGACGCCUUGGUGUUUUGCGCCUUUUACGUUCCACCAUAUGACGCCGGCAGAUGUGGAUCGGUUCUGGGAAUUUGAGCAGCAGUGGUUUGCGGAUACAAACUCAAACGUCCUCACAUAUAGUGACAUCUUCCGCAACCUCAUCCGCCCAACACUCGCAGACCACCUAGACAACUGGGACAACUUCGCGAGCGCGGGCGACGACAGAGAGGAUUACAAGGGUCCAAAGACACCUACUUCUUUCGCCGCCUGUGCGGACUACUGUGCUGCAGACCCAGAGUGCAUCCAGUACCGCCUGACUGCCGACUUGCGCUGCACAACGUCCAAUGCGGUGCUGCGCGGAAAACCCCAGCCAGGAACUCAGUCAGGGACGAUGUUGUGGCGGGUUGAUGCUGCGUUGGAGCGGAUGGAGCAGUGUGAGAAGGUGAUGUGGGUGACUAGCUAG